AUGUCCAAACAAGUAUUUGAAGAAGCAAAUGAAGCUUUUGUUGAUGAUAAAUAUGAAGAAGCGUAUAAACUGUAUACUAAAGCUCUUACUGAUGAUGAUAAAAGUGAUGGUCAUUUUACUUCUAAAGUCUUAGCAGCGCGCGCUCAAUGUGCACUGAAAUUAAAAAAAUAUGCUGAUGCAUUAAAUGACAGCAAUACUGCUAUUGAAUUAGAUGAGAAAAAUAUUAAGGCAUAUCUUCGUAAAGGUACAGCAUUAUAUAAUCAAGAUUUAAAAGAACAAGCAUUGAACACAUUUGUUCGUGGUCUUGAAAUUGAUUCUGCUGAUGAACAAUUAAAAGUAUGGAAAGAAAAAUGUGAAAAAGAAGUCGAAAGUAAAAAACAAACUGCUGCAGCUAACACUGAAAAAGAAAAACCAGCAGCCACAGCUGCUUCUGUUCCACCACCACCACCACCACCAGCUAAAAUUAAACAUUCAUUCUAUCAAACAGACAGUGUUCUGACUAUGCAAAUACCAAUUAAAGGUCUGAAAAAAGAGGAAGUUCAAGUUCAAACUACAGAUACAACUGUACGUAUUUUAUUUAGUGACCUGCAACUGGGUCAAUUCGGGUCCCCAUUAAGUGUUGAAACAAAAAUUCCUGCAACAGGAAAUGAUUAUUCACUUGAAAUCGAUCUUGCCUAUCCUAUUGAUUCAUCACGUACAAGUUUCAAUGUAACAGGUUCAAAUAUUGAAAUAAAAUUGUAUAAACGACAGGCUAUUCAAUGGACAUCAUUAGAUGCACAAUCAUUAGCUGGCAAAACACAACCACCGGUUCCAAUGAGCCGACCAGUAACAGAUAAAGCUCCAAGUUAUCCAUCAUCAAGUCAACGAGCUAAAAAUUGGGAUCAAAUUGAAGCACAAAUUAAGAAAGAUGAAAAAGAUAAUAAAGAAGAUACGGGUGACGCCAAUGCCAUAUUUCAACAACUUUAUCGUGAUAGUGAUGAGAAUACUCGUCGAGCCAUGAAUAAAUCAAUGUACGAAUCUGGUGGUACUUGUUUAAACAUGAAUUGGGAAGAAGUAUCCAAAGGUAAAGUUACCUGUGAACCACCUGAUGGUAUGGAAUUCAAAAAAUAUGAUUCAUAA